GUUCAUUCGUUCCUUGUGUUGUAAAAGUCAGACGUAUCCUUAUUGUCCGAAACUGUUUAUCUGUUCAAAUGUUUUUUAACAACUGAGCCAAAUUAUAAGGUUUGAAAUCAUCCUUUGAAAAGGCACUAUGGAGUACAGCUGUGGUCUGGUCACUAAAAACAAGAAGCCAGUUCCUCUGAAGAGUGUGGAGGUAGAUGUGCAUGUAAAGGGACAUGUAGCCACAGUGACCUCCACUCUACGGUAUGUGAAUGGAGAAGAGCGCCCCCUGGAGGCUGUGUUUGUGUUCCCUCUGCCUGGAGAAAGUGCCGUCUGCCACCUCAGUGCCAAGAUAGGAGACACAGAGGUGGUGGCAAAGCUGCAGGACAAACAGAAGGCCCGAGAGAAAUAUGAUGAUGCGUUGAGCUCGGGCCACCAGGCCUUCCUGUUGGAGGAGAGUGCUCAGAGCCCAGACGUGUUCCAGCUGAACGUGGGCAGCCUGCCUCCAGGAGAGAGUGCUGCCAUCACUCUGGUCUACAUCUCAGAGCUGGCCAUGCAAGCUGAUGACGCCCUGCGCUUCUGUCUGCCCGCUGUGCUCAACCCCCGCUACACACCCCAGGGUGAGAGGCCAUGGGGGAGCACGGAGCCCUUCGGUUGCUACAUGGACAGGAGUCAAAUGGCCACCGUGACUUCAGUCCCAGCUGGUACGGUGCCCUACACGUUGGCUCUCAGUGCUCAGCUGUCCUCCCCCCAGUCCAUCUCUAAAGUGGAGUCCAACUGUCAUCUGGAGCCACUGGCUUACCUCAACCCAGACAAAACACAGGCCACGGUGAGUCUCUCUCCAGGCCACCUGUUUGAUCGAGAUGUGGAGCUGCUGCUGUAUUACCAGGAUGCUCAUAAGCCCACUGCCAUAGUGGAGGCUGGACUGGACAGUGCUGAGCCAGGCUCUUUAAUGGGUGACCCUGUUGUAAUGAUCAGCAUUUACCCAGAGUUCCCUGCUGCAGCAACAUCCUCACUUGCCACAUGUGGAGAGUUUAUUUUUGUGGUGGACCGAUCAGGGAGUAUGGACUGCAAGAUGCACUCAGGAAAAGAUGCAAAGAUGCGCAUAGAGAGUGCCAAGGACACUCUGCUCCUGCUCUUGAAGAGUCUCCCCAUGGGUUGCUACUUCAACAUUUACAGCUUUGGCUCUCAUCAUGACCAUUUCUUCCCGAAAAGCGUCAAGUACAACCAGAAGACGAUGGACGAUGCUCUUGAGAAAGUGAAGGGAAUGAGAGCAGACAUGGGGGGCACUGAGAUUCUUCAGCCUCUGAAACACAUCUACAGCCAGCCCUGCAUCCCCAGUCACCCCAGACAGCUGUUCAUUUUUACUGAUGGAGAGGUGGGGAAUACCAAGGAGGUUUUGGACCUGGUGAAAAAAAAUCUUCACUCCCACAGGUGCUUCUCUUUUGGAAUCGGAGAGGGUGCCAGCACUGCUUUAAUCACAGGCCUGGCCAAGGAGGGCUCUGGGCAUGCUCAGUUUAUCACAGGAACAGACCGCAUGCAGCCCAAGGUGAUGCAGUCUCUCCGCUUUGCUCUUCAGCCAGUCGUCAAAAAUAUCUCAGUCAAAUGGAACCUUUCAGAUGGUUUCACAGGGGCCCUUCAGAUCAAAAAUACAGUCCACAACCGAAUAUCAUUCUUUCAAAAACUUGGCAAUGUGAAAGCUUUUUUUCAAAGAAGGAAGAGGACCCAGGAACCUGGCCAGUCUGGAGGAGAUGGCCUAAAUCCACUUUCAGUCAUCCCUUUAUCUCCACCAAUCACUGUGCUCUUCCAGGGUCAAAGGGCACUGCUCUAUGCCCAGCUCAAUGGAGUGAAUUCAGAGCAUUCUGAAGGGUCUGUGACAAUACAAUACAACCUGAAAGAAGACUUGAUUGAGGAGCAACUGAACUUCUGUCUAAAACCCACACAACAUACUGGAAGUCUACUGGUCCUUCCCCACUUCAGGCUGACUCUCCACCGGCUGGGGGCUCGAGCCCUGAUCCGCUCACUGGAGACGGAGGAGAGGGCAGCAGGACCAGAGGCGAAGGCCCUGAGAGAGAAGCUGCUGCAGCUCAGCCUGCAGUCUGGAGUCAGCUGCACACACACCGCCUUCAUCGCCAUCCACAAGGGCAGCGGACAGACUGUGCAGGGACCUCUGCUCCACAGACCUGUGCCAACGCCAGGAACGUUUUUUGGUGCCUGUUCACUGCCAAUCCCAAGGGGUGGAAUGGCCCCAGUGGCUGCAUCGCUUGCCAUGUCUCCUGAAUCUGAUGACGAUGACUACGAGAAUAUUCGCAAUAGUGGAGAACAUGACUACAUAGUUUGUAUACCCAACGUUGAACAAUUAAAAUGUACACAGACUAAAACAUCAUCUGGAUGUCAUGAAUGUAGUGAUGAUAAUGAUUACCUAAACUGGAAAGAUGCCGUAGUUGAUUCCGAUAGCGAUGAAGACUGUGCCUACGUGAAUGAGAUUGACGUGAAUUGCCUUAAAGAUGGAAAGUUGAACGGAUGUAGUGGUGACGAUGACUACGAGAAUUGUCAUAGUCAUUGUGAAGAGCGUGACAACAUAGAUUGUGUACCCAAUGAUGAACGAUUCAACGGAUGUAGCCAUCCCGAUUUGGAUAGUGAUGAAGAUUGUGAUGAGCAAAGCUAUGUAAAUUGUGAACAAUUCAAAAGUAAUGUGAUUAAAGUUCCCCAGACCUGUGAGGACCCUUAUUUAGAACUAAUUUCCCUCCAGAAGGCUGAUGGGUCUUGGGAAAUGGAGUCAGCUCUGGCCAAGAUACUUGGGAGGACAUAUGAAAAGGCCUAUCAGUUGAUGCCAAUCGGGGCCAACAGGUCUGUUUCAGCUACAGUUCUGGCUCUGAUUUGGCUCUAUGGUUUCUGCCUGGAGGCCCGCGAUGAAUGGCAGUUUGUAGCCAUGAAGGCAGCAUCCUGGAUUCAAGCUCAGAAAGUGGACUGUGUGUCUCAGUGUGUUCAGGCUGGAAAUGCUCUGCUGGGAUGUCAGCUGCAGCAGGAGACUCUGGGCCUCUGAGGACUUGAGGAUGUUUUUGACAGUGUUCUUACUUCUCAAAUCUACUGGGCAAGAAUGUGCUUUGCCAGGGCCUCAAGGAAGGCUUGUUGAUUUCUAGCCUGGAAAACCCAGACGAACUUCCGGCAUAUUGGGAUUGGCUCUGCAGUUGCAACUGAGAAGGGCCUGGCCAUGUUGAUUUCAGAAAUAAAGGGAUCAUGCAGCUAAAAGUUGUGUAUACCUGAGAAAAGUUAUGGAAUCUACCACCAUGAUUCUUAACCUGUCACAGUUAAUCUGUGUAAUGGUGAAAGUGACAGAUAAGUUUAGUUAUCAAUAUGAAAGAGCAACCCAUUUUAAACUAGAUGUACAAAAUAUGGCCGCUGCCCAGUCCUGCACAUUCUCUGCAAAAAAUAAAUCAUGCUUGUCUAUUUGUCUCCAUCUA